AUGAUACACUUCUACCUCCCCCUGCUGACAGGCGCCCUCUUCAUCCAUGAGACUACAGCCUCAACUGCAGCCGGGCCCGCUGCCUGCGCCAAUAUCACCACCCAACUAGGCUCUGCAAAGGUCGUCAGCAGCCAAUUCAACCUCCAAUAUAUCAACAGUCUUGAAUACUGGAAUACCCUCCAAGAUGCCUACAAACCCUCAUGCGUGGUCUACCCAACCUCAGCGCAAGACGUCUCCACAUCUCUCCAAGCCAUCCGCGCAGCAGACAGUCGCUUCGCCAUAAAAGCAGGCGGCCAUAACCCCAACACAUUCUUCUCCUCCGUCGACGCAGGCGUCCUCCUCGACAUGAGUCGUAUGACAGCCAAAUCCUACGACCCAGAAACAACCCUCGCCACCUACGAGCCCGGCGGUGUCUUCGGCGAUAUAUACGACUACUUCAUCCAGUAUAACCGCACAGUCGUCGGCGCUCGUCUCGCAGGCGUAGGAACAGGCCUCGCUCUCGGCGGCGGCAUGAGCUAUCUCUCGCCCCAGUACGGUCUAGCCUGUGAUUCCUUCCGGGAAUUGGAAAUCGUCUUGCCUAGCGGUGAAAUCGUCACUGCAUCGCCCUCGUCCCAUGAGGACCUAUUCUUCGCAUCCCGCGGCGGCGGCGGAAAUGCCUACGGCGUCGUUACUAAGUAUACAGUACAGAGUCGACCUAUCGGCGAGCUAUACGCGGGAAACAUCAUCUACACCUUUCCACAGAAAGAUACCGUUAUCGAGGCCAUUGGCAAUUUCAUUAAAUAUAACACCGACCCCAAGGCUGCUAUCAUCGGUACAUACGAGAAACUACCAACCCCGGAUCUGAAUCUGAACCUCGACGAAGCAAUAAUCAUGUUCCUCGUCUACGACGGACCCGAUCCAGGCGAUGCAUUCACCAAUUUCACAUCCACGCCACACCUGCUAAAUACAAUGGGGAUCAAAACCUAUCCCGAGGUCGUCAACAUGCCCAUCCCCCUCUCAACAGAACUCUCCCGCGGUGCAAACAUGUUCCGCGUCGGCGUCCACCGCCCCGAGAAUAACUCCUACGCCAACGCACUAGAUAAAUGGCGAGUCUGGGCUGAAUCAAAUAAAGGCAAAUACGUGCUACUUUCAUUGGACUUCCAGCCCGUGCCGCGCAGUUUGACGGACGCGAGUAAGGCGCAGAACGGUGGGAAUGCGAUGCAAAUGCCAGAUGGGCCCUGGUUUUGGUUGAAUUAUUUGAUUACCACGCCGCCGGGUAUGAGUGAGCCGGAUUAUAGGGCUGUGCAGGAGAGUUAUCGGGAUUUGGUGAUGGAGUCGGGCAAUGCGGAGGGUUUGCCGCUUUUUAUUAAUGAUGCUAAUGUGGAUCAGGAGCCGUUGAGGUCGUUUGGGACUUUUGAGAGGUUGAGGGGGAUUAAGAGGAGGUAUGAUCCGGAUAAUUUUUUUGGGGAGAAGACGGGGGGUUGGUCUUUUGAGUAG